UUAACUUGAACAAAAUUAAAAAUCUUAAACUCACUAAUCCCCAAUCCACGUAUCUAACGCUUUUCUGUUAAUACAAGAAACGCUCCGCCCACAGUUUCUCAUUUUCAUUUUUUUCCCUCUCGUCGCCUGAAUUCAUCAUAUAUAGUUGGCUUCGUCGGAGAAACUUAGGAACAAAAGCUUCCUAUACACGGUGUCGUUUCUCCUGUUCCUCCGUUGAUAGCCAACUUCAUUUCAUUAUAUAUAUAUGAGAUUUGUAUGAUUUUGUCUCUUUGUUUGAUGGCGGAAGAUGAUCCCAAACGUUCUCCAACCGCAAUGUAUCUCUACGGAGAGCUUGAUUUGAAAAUCAUCGCAGCUCGGCGGUUACCAAACAUGGAUUUAUUAACAGAACGUGUUCGCCGCUGUUUAAACGCAUUCGACGAUUGCCGGCAACCUUGUAUUAAAGAAGUAAAACGCGAACACCAACACACAAUCAUCACGAGUGACCCUUACGUCACCGUUUGCAUAGCCGGAGCUACAGUCGCACGCACGCGCGUGCUUUCCAACUCUCAGAAUCCUACAUGGAACGAGCAUUUCAAGAUUCCCGUCGCUCACCCUGCCGCUCACGUGGAGUUUCACGUUAAAGAUAACGACAUGUUUGGGGCCGAAAAAAUAGGAAUAGCAACCGUACCGGUCGAGAAAAUUGUCUCCGGUGAAACGAUAAGCGAAUGGCUCCCGAUAACCGGUCCUAACGGAAAACCGCCGAAACCGGAUUGUGCAGUCCUUAUAGAAAUGAAGUUCAUGCAAUGCGAAGAAAAUCCUUUGUAUCAAUACGGAAUCGCCGCGUGCCCUAACGACUUCGGUAUUCAAAACUGUUAUUUCCCCGUCCGUCACGGGAACUCCGUUACGCUGUAUCAGGACGCGCACGUGCCUGAUAAUUUGUUGCCGGAGAUUAAAUUGGAAAACGACGCCGUGUACAAGCAUGGGCAAUGCUGGGAGGAUAUAUGUCACGCAAUACUAGAAGCGCAUCAUUUGGUGUACGUGGUUGGCUGGUCAAUAUAUCACAAGGUCAAAUUAGUCAGAGAGCCGACAAAGACGUUACCGAGCGGUGGGAAUUUAAAUUUGGGGGAUUUGUUGAAGUACAAAUCGCAAGAAGGUGUUAGAGUUUUAUUGCUGGUUUGGGAUGAUAAGACUUCGCACAGCAAGUUUUUCAUCAAUACGACUGGACUGAUGCAAACGCAUGAUGAAGAAACGCGCAAGUUUUUCAAGCAUUCAUCAGUGAAUUGUGUGUUAUCUCCACGUUAUGCCAGCAGUAAGCUUAGCAUUUUCAAGCAACAGGUUGUGGGGACGCUCUUUACGCAUCAUCAGAAAUGCGUGAUUGUGGAUUCACAAGCAUCUGGAAACAACAGGAAGAUAACUGCUUUUAUGGGAGGUUUAGAUCUUUGUGAUGGUCGUUAUGACACUCCUGAACAUCGGCUAUUUAAGGAUCUUGACACUGUAUUCCAGGAGGAUUAUCAUAAUCCAACAAUACCUACAGGAACCAAGGGUCCAAGGCAACCAUGGCAUGAUUGGCAUUGCAAAAUUGAAGGACCAGCUGCGUAUGAUAUCCUGUCAAACUUUGAGCAGCGUUGGAAAAAAGCCUCAAAAUGGAAAGAGUUUGGACGGCGUUUUAAAAGGGUUACUCACUGGCAUGAUGACUCCUUGAUAAAGUUAGAACGGAUCUCUUGGAUACUCAGUCCUGGGCCAUCAAUUCCUCAUGAUGAUCCUAAAUUAUGGAUGUCUAAAGAAGAUGACCCUGAAAACUGGCAUGUUCAGGUUUUCCGGUCUAUUGAUUCAGGGUCCCUGAAGGGGUUCCCAAAAUCUGUUUAUCAGGCUGAGGCGCAGAACCUUGUUUGUGCUAAAAAUCUAGUUAUUGACAAGAGCAUUCAAACAGCAUACAUUCAGGCAAUCAGAUCUGCCCAGCACUUCAUUUAUAUAGAGAAUCAAUAUUUCAUUGGAUCAUCAUAUGCGUGGCCAUCUUACAAAGAAGCAGGGGCUGAUAAUCUAAUUCCUAUGGAGUUGGCAUUGAAGAUUUGCAGUAAGAUCAGAGCAAGGGAGAGAUUUGCAGUUUAUGUUGUCAUACCAAUGUGGCCUGAGGGUGCUCCCUCUUCUACCUCUGUACAAGAAAUUCUCUUCUGGCAGGGACAGACUAUGCAAAUGAUGUAUGAUGUCAUAGCAAAGGAAUUGAAAUGCAUGAAUCUUGAGGAUUUGCAUCCGCAGGACUACCUAAAUUUUUACUGUCUUGGUAAAAGGGAAGGACUUCCUAAAGAAAUGUUGGAUUCAAGUGAUAAACCGUCCAAUUCUGCCGAAGAGGUUUCAUCCUCUCAAAAGUAUCAACGAUUUAUGAUUUAUGUACAUGCCAAAGGAAUGAUCUUAGAUGACGAAUAUAUAAUAUUGGGCUCUGCCAACAUUAAUCAGAGGUCAAUGGCUGGUUCAAGAGAUACUGAGAUAGCAAUGGGUUCAUAUCAACCCAAUCACACUUGGGGCAAUAAAAAGAGACAUCCACGAGGCCAGGUAUAUGGAUACAGAAUGUCACUGUGGGCAGAACACUUGGGACUGGUCGAUAGCUUGUUCGAUGAGCCUGAACAUUUGGAUUGCGUGAAGACUGUGAAUAAGAUUGCUGAAGAUAACUGGAGAAGAUUUACAGAGGAAGAAUUUACCCCAUUACAGGGUUUUCUUCUUAAAUACCCAUUGGAGGUAGAUAAAAAUGGCAAAGUAAGCCCCUUGCCUGGUCAAGAAAAUUUCCCAGAUGUUGGCGGAAAGGUGAUCGGUUCACGCUCAACAUUUCCUGAUUCGUUGACUACAUAGCAAAUCCAGGUUUUUGUCACUAACUCUAUUUUGUUUCACUUCAAUCGUUGAGUGAUAGCUAAUAGCUUGUAGUUAUAAUAUUGGUGUAUAGCUUUUAGGAGAAGCUGGAAACUUAUUUAUUUGGGUUAGCUUCCAAUUUAUGGCAAAGUUGUAUAAGUGUUUCAUUCCUAAGAAUUCAUAAUUGAUGAAGAAUUCUACA